AUGUUUUCAGCUUUGAAUGUUGCAGCUUUGGCUGCCAUGCUCGGUCAUAUCAAUCUCGCUUUGGCCCAGAGCCAAGGUUGGGCUCAAUGUGGCGGUAAUGGCUGGACUGGUGCUACAACCUGUCAACAUUUACAGCAUUUGCUCAUUUUAUUAGAUUACUCUCAGUGCAUUCCUGGAAAUGUCGUUCCUUCAGCUACAGCGACAUUAGUUACCCCGACGACCUUGAAAACCGAGAUCACAAGUCCAACAAGCACCGGAAGUAGCAGUAGUAUUAACGCCAAAUUUGUUGCUCAUGGAAAGAAAUAUUUUGGUCUUGCCACAGAUCAGAAUCUUCUUUCAUCUGGAAAGAAUGCGGAUGUCAUCAAAGCAAACUUUGGACAAGUGACACCAGAGAACAGCAUGAAGUGGGACGCUAUUGAGGGAUCACAAAAUAAGUUCAACUUCGCUGGUGGCGAUUAUUUGGUAAACUUCGCUGUUGAGAACGAGAAACUUGUUCGCGGCCACACACUCUGCUGGCAUUCUCAACUCCCUAGCUGGGUUAGCUCUAUCACGUCCAAGGACACGCUCACUAGCGUCCUUCAAAAUCAUGUCACCCAAGAGGUGACUCGCUGGAAGGGAAAGAUUUACGCAUGGGAUGUCGUCAAUGAAAUCUUCAAUGAAGAUGGUUCGAUGAGAGACAGCGUAUUCUACAAGGUCCUUGGCGAAAGCUUUGUGUCCAUCGCCUUCAAAGCCGCUCGAGCAGCUGAUCCAAACGCAAAGCUCUACAUCAACGAUUACAACCUUGAUUCAGAGUCCUAUGCCAAACUCACAAAGGGAAUGGUCGCACAUGUCAAAACUUGGAUCGGUCAAGGAAUCCCCAUUGAUGGAAUCGGUUCGCAGACCCAUCUCUCAGCCGGUCAGGGAGCUGCUGCAAAAGGCGCUUUGACUGCACUUGCCGCUUCUGGUGUCAGUGAAGUUGCGGUCACAGAAUUGGAUAUCGCUGGUGCAGGUUCUACUGAUUAUGUCAAUGUCGUCAAUGCAUGCUUGAGUGUCAGCAAAUGUGUUGGUAUCACAGUCUGGGGUCUCCGUGAUACCGACUCAUGGCGUUCAAGUUCCAGCCCAUUGUUGUUUGAUGCGAACUUCUCUCCAAAGCCUGCAUACAACGCGAUCUUGGCAGCAUUGUAGAAAUAUCUCUACUGUUUCAAUGGAGGGUAUUGGUACCCCAAAACUAUUCAAUGUAUAUACUUGAGUUUGAG